AUGAAUGCCGCACAAGCCAAAGCACUCGCACGUCUUGCAAGCGAGAAGAACAGAUAUCUGAUGGAAGGUUCAUGGACUCGAUUCUUUCCACUUGUCGCUAAGCUGCGCGAAAUCAUCACAAGUGGCCAAAUUGGAAGUAUUCGACGUGUUUUUUCAGACCAUGGAAGAGAUCUUAUCGAUGCGUCUACACCAGCAACAAGCCGCUUCGUCGACCCGUAUCAAGGAGCAGGCGGGUUUCUGGAUCUGGGCCACUACUCCUUGUUAUGGUGCUUCCUGCCCCUUUACAACUGGAAAGGUGGUAGUGAAAAGCUGGCUCCGGGAGUUUCUGGCAGUAUGAUACUGGAAAAGCGUGGGUUUGAUGUCCACUCCACAGCGGUCCUCGCAUGGCCUGAUGCUCUAAUGCUAUAUCCUCUAGCUGUCGCCGUGGCAUCAACAUCCCUGACUAGCAACACAGACCGUCGUGAAGAUGGUGCUGCUGGUCCUGCUACAAAAAUCAUGGGCACCCAGGGAACGAUCACAAUCCCAGCUCCGUGCUAUAGGCCUACCGAGUUCACAGUCCACCAAGAAAACCUCAAGACUACAUACACAUUCCCGAUUACUGGCUACGGGAUGGGUUGGGAAGUAGACAGUGUCGCUCGCGAUAUUGCCGCAGGGAAGCUGGAAAGUUCUACCAUGCCACUGGAGGAAACCAUCCAGGUCAUGACAGUCAUGGAUAAACUACGCGAAAUUUCAGCCUUGAAGUACCCAGAAGAGAGCGAAGUCAUCUUCUAG